GUAUUAUUAUAAUAACACAAAAAAACUCGCAAUACGCUUUCGUUUCAGAUCCUACGCUAACUCUUUCCCUUUCUCUCUCCGGUCUGGUGUCGUGCUUAUCUAAACCAGACCCAGUUGGUACCAAAGAGACCGCUUUAGCGUUUGGCUUGAGAAGGUGAACUCACGUCGAAGUUUAAGAUUUUUCAGCCGGGUUUUCGAAAAAUGAUUAAGCUAUUCAAAGUCAAGGAAAAGCAGAGGGAAAUUGCUGAAAAUGCCAAUGCUAAGGGGAAGCAACCGAUCAAGAAGCAGAGUCCUGGGGAGUUACGUCUUCAGAAAGACAUCAGUGAAUUGAACCUACCAAAAACUUGUGGCAUUGUAUUCCCCAAUGGCAAGGAUGACUUAAUGAACUUUGAGGUUACCAUUAGGCCCGAUGAAGGAUAUUAUCUAGGUGGAACAUUUUUGUUCUCAUUCCAAGUGUCCCCCAUCUACCCUCAUGAAGCACCGAAGGUCAAGUGUAAGACAAAGGUGUACCACCCUAAUAUCGACUUGGAGGGAAAUGUUUGCCUCAACAUCCUAAGAGAAGAUUGGAAACCUGUUCUGAAUAUAAACACCAUUAUAUAUGGACUGUUUCACCUUUUCACGCAACCGAACUAUGAGGAUCCCCUCAAUCAUGAAGCAGCUGCUGUUUUAAGGGAUAACCCGAAGCUGUUUGAAUCCAAUGUUAGAAGGGCAAUGGCUGGUGGAUAUGUGGGGCAAACAUUCUUCACUCGUUGCAUGUAAAUGCUUCUUGUGUUGAUAAGAACUAUGAAGCCUUCAUAUUUCAGAGCCUGUAUAUCACGGGUUCUUUCUUCCACUUGUGCUGUUGUGACAAAUUCUUAGAUUCAUGAUGUUUGUAUGUCGCUGUAACUUUGUGACAUCUUUGUUAUAUUGGUUGGGACAACAUUGUUUUCCUUUGCUUUAACAUGAAUCGAUUGGAAGAAGCUUGAAGCUCA